GCCGAGCUGCGCACCGCCCCUCUUUGCAGUCGCCGCCGUGGCAUGUGACCGAGGGGCGAUCCCCACGACGCAGGGCGCGGACAGCUGGGGGGCGACAGGGCUUUCCUUGCCAGUGGAUUGUGUAGAAUACACUGCCAGUCUCUUGUCUUCUAUUCACCAUGGCUUCUUCUGAUAUUCAGGUGAAAGAACUGGAGAAGCGUGCUUCAGGCCAGGCUUUUGAGCUGAUUCUUAGCCCUCGGUCAAAAGAAUCUGUCCCAGAUUUCCCCCUUUCCCCUCCAAAGAAGAAGGAUCUUUCCCUGGAGGAAAUUCAGAAGAAAUUAGAAGCUGCAGAAGAAAGACGCAAGUCCCACGAAGCUGAAGUCUUGAAGCAGCUUGCUGAGAAACGAGAGCAUGAGAAAGAAGUGCUUCAGAAAGCAAUAGAAGAGAACAACAACUUCAGGACAAACACAUUGAAGAAGUACGGAAGAACAAAGAAUCCAAAGAUCCUGCUGAUGAAACUGAAGCUGACUAAUUUGUUCUGAGAACUGACUUUCUCCCCCUCCCCUUCCUAAAUAUCCAAAGACUGUACUGGCCAGUGUCAUUUUAUUUUUUUCCCUCCUGACAAAUACUCUAGAAGCUGAUGUAGGACUGUAUAGGUAGAUCCAAAUUGUAAGAUGUUGUUUUAGGGGCUAAAGGGGAGAAACUAAAAGUGUUUUACUCUUUUUCUAAAGUGUUGGUCUUUCUAAUGUAGCUAUUUUUCUUGUUGCAUCUUUUCUACUUCAGUACACUUGGUGUACUGAAUGAAUGGCUAGUACUGUAUUGGCUCUGUGAAAACAUGUUUGUGAAAAAAGUAUGUAGUGGCUUCUUUCAAAUUGUUAGAUCCUGAAUAUCUGUUCAUUUUUCAAUCCCAAUUCUGUCCCAAUCUUACCAGAUGCUACUGUACUUGAAUGGUUAAUAAAACGGCACAGUGCUGUUGGUGGCAGUGA